GUUGAACAAGACGGUACGUGGAUCGGAUCAGUCGGCGAUCGGAUCGAAUCAGUGAUCAGUGGGAUCAGUAGUCAGUGUGAAGAGCCUGCGAUUUGUUUGAUCUUUCGGUCAGCACAUAUAAUAAAAGUGUCUGUGUGUGUGUGCGUUCAGGAAGCGGCGGAAAGUGUGGAACUACUCGUAAAAAUAACUCAGGUCGUUUCCAUUCUAAUUUGCGCGUUGACAGCCGCAAGUGGCGCAAACAGCCUAAGGAGCCGUACGUCAGUCUCUCCCCCAGAAUAAUUCACUUAAAUCGGUGCAGCAGCCGGCGCACCUCUUGAGGAGCGAGUGGUACGUGCAACGUCCUUGACUAAGAGUUGGACGGAGGAGACACACUCGGAAGACGGCGGCCACGACGACCACGAUGAUUUGGACGCGCGUGCUGCUCGUGGGGCUGACCGCCUUGGCGCUGACAUUCGUGGAGGUUGCAUCACUCUCACUCGAUCCAGUUGCCUCUGCGGAACUGGAACAGUUUAUACGAAAGGGGGAUGUGGUCAUAUCCACCCGUCACAUAAGACCUCGCCGCAAGCUGCACAUAUCCAUUGAGGCCCUCUUUAUGAUCGACUUCCCUAUGCUGAAGCACAAGAUGUCCUUCUUCCUGGACCGCAAACAGCAGCGGGUCACGCUGGACAUUAGUGCUAAUGGGGCCACCGAGUCGAGGAACUUUGAGAUACCCAACAUUAACGAGACGAGCACCAUUCGCUCCCUGGCCCUGCAGUUCUCCAAGAACAGGAUAACACUCCACGUGGACUGUAAGCCGAGCACGCAUCACGACAUCGACAUGAACCUGGCCAAGCUGUAUACUCAGAUGGAUGAUCCGGUGAUCAAGCUGUUUCGGGAGCGCAAAUAUCCGUUGCACUUCGAUGGCGACAUGGAGCACUCCCUGCAGCGAGCCAACUGCCAGAAGGGCUAUCAUAGACGUGGCAAUCGCCGCAUGCUGCGCAACAAGAUCACAGAACGAGAGAAGAACAAGAAGCGCGAUGUCCGCGGCUGGUAUGAACCGACCAUUGCCCGGGAAGGAGUCGUCGACCACAGAAACCAGGAGGUGCCCACGAACGUAGAGCGUGGCGAUAUCCCCGUGCUGCAUGGCGACUGCGAAGACGCCCUCGCACGCUCGCUGAGCGAUUUACUGGCUCUGGUGAAGCUGCUCCGCGAAGACGUCGCCCACCAGCGCCAGGAGAUUGCCUACCUGCGGAUGCUCUUGGAGAACUGUGCCGGCUGCAAGAAUCCCCUCAGCGGAGACAACCAAUUGCGCCUCGAGCCCGACUGCCGUUCGGCAAAUCCCUGUUAUCCAGGAGUGGAGUGCCUGGACUCGGCAUCUGGACCCAGAUGUGGCCAUUGUCCUCUUGGCUUUAUUGGCGAUGGCAAGACCUGCAAGCCGGGCGUCACCUGCGCCCACCUCGUGUGCUAUCCAGGCGUCCAGUGUCACGAUAGCGUGAAUGGAGCCCAGUGUGACUCCUGUCCGGCCGGCUACGAAGGUGAUGGACGCACAUGUUCGCUACGUAAUCCUUGCCUGGACACACCGUGCCCCUCAGGUGCCCAGUGCCUACAGGUAGGCUUUCCGCCUCACUUCCAGUGCAUCACAUGCCGGAAGGGUCACGAGGUCAACGGCACCAGCUGCCGGGACGUGGACGAGUGCCGUCUCUACAUGCCCUGCGACGAUCUCACGACCUGCACCAAUCUUAAUCCAGGCUUUCAGUGCGGACCCUGUCCACCAGGAUUCGAUGGUGUCCACGCCCAUGGAUACUAUGCGGACUUUCUUUCGGUGGAGUAUCGCAAGCAGACCUGCGUGGACAUCGAUGAGUGCCUGUCGGGCUUCUUCCGCUGCCCCGACCAUUCCACAUGCAUCAACGAGAUUGGUUCUUACCGAUGCCAGUGCCACGAGGGCUAUGUAACCAAUGGCACCUACAGCUGCCUGGACCGCUCCUCGGUGGCCGUGUGUCCGGAUGGCAACGUCUGCGACCGGAAUGCCGUGUGUCUGCUGGCGGAUAACCUGCGGUACCAGUGUCGCUGUAAUGUGGGCUGGGCAGGAAACGGGGUGAUCUGUGGGCGGGAUCGGGAUCUAGAUGGCUGGCCGGAUAAGUCACUCGAGUGUCCGCAGCUGCAUUGCAGGCGGGACAACUGCCCCGAUUUGCCCAACUCAGGGCAGGAGGACGCCGACUUGGAUGGCCAUGGCGAUGGCUGUGACGAAGAUGCUGACGGGGAUUUGGUGCAGAACAACAAGGACAACUGCCCGUUGUCCUACAACACAGAGCAAGUGGACACGGACGGCGAUGGAGUGGGCGAUGUGUGCGAUAACUGUGUGCACAGACAUAAUCCCCGCCAGCUGGACGCCGAUGGGGAUGGACGGGGUAACGAGUGCGACGAGGACAGCGACAACGACUCUAUACCUAAUGAGGGCGAUAACUGUCCGCUCCUGCCCAAUCCGAAUCAAUCGGAUGUGGACAACGACGGCGUUGGAGAUGUCUGCGACAAUUGCCCCACGAUCCCCAAUCCUAUGCAGGAGGAUCGCGACAUGGACAUGGUGGGCGAUGCUUGCGACAGCGGAAUAGAUGGGGAUGACGACGGAAUUCAGGAUUCCGAGGACAACUGCCCAAUGGUCAGUAACUCGGAUCAGCUGGAUACGGACGGGGAUGGCAAGGGCGAUGCCUGUGACGAUGACAUUGAUGGCGAUGGCAUACCAAACUAUAGGGAUAACUGUCCCCUGGCCAGGAACCCCAAACAGCUGGACUUUAAUGGCAACGGCAAGGGCGACAUCUGCGAGGAGGACGAGGAUGACGAUGGAGUGCCGAACAUCCUUGACAAUUGUCCCAACAACUCAAUGAUCCACCACACGGACUUUCGCACCCUCCAGACGAUUCCCCUGGAUCCCGACGGCGACUCCCAGGUGGAUCCCAACUGGGUGGUCCACGCCAACGGCACCGAGAUAGUACAAACCCUCAACUCUGAUCCGGGCCUGGCCGUGGGCAACGACUCCUUCGGCGGGGUUGACUUCGAAGGCACCUUCUACGUGAACGACGACACGGACGACGACUAUGCCGGGUUUGUGUUUAGCUACCAGAGCAACCACAAGUUCUACGUGGUGCAGUGGAAGAAGGGCUCGCAGACCUACUGGGAGCCGAAGCCCUUCUACGCCUCCGCUGAGUCCGGCGUUCAGAUUAAGCUGGUAGACAGCCUGACAGGUCCUGGGUCUAGAAUGAGGAACAGUCUUUGGCACGAGGGCGAUACGCCCGGCGAGGCAAAACUAUUGUGGAAGGAUCCAAUGAGCAUUGGCUGGAAGGAACGAACCUCCUAUCGCUGGUCCCUGGUCCACCGACCGGCCAUUGGCCUCAUCCGCCUGCAAAUGUUUGAGGGCCACCGUCUGCUCAUGGACUCGGGCAACGUCUACGACUCAACGCUAAAGGGCGGACGGCUGGGCGUGUUCUGCUUCUCCCAGGAGAUGAUUAUAUGGUCCAAUCUGCAGUACAAGUGCAACAACCACGUGGAUGCCCUGAUCUAUAGAGAUCUGUCGGAUCACCUCAAGACGAAGGUGGAUCUAAGCAACUGAUGAGUCCCUCUUGCGAGCUUAAGUCCUUCUGCCAUCCAUGUUAACCAAAUUAAUGAUUAAUGCUAGGCUAAGUGAACACAGAUACUACAUAAGA